UCCCCCCCCUCCUCCCCUCCGGAGUGAGUCAUCUCCUCAUUAGACGAUCUCCGGACGGAAAGUGGAAAGUUCUACGUUGUGCGCACGCGCUCCCCGGGAUUAAUGUCAAGGCACAAAAGUGGCGCUACACCGUACCGAGCUGCACUCCGGUGGUUGCCUUAGCGAUGGACGGGGAGUCGGAACCAAACCCUGUCAUAGCAGAAGAGGCAGGGGAGCGGGUGGAGCCCAUGGAUGCCACUCCCUCCCCCCAGCAACAGACCACGCCUCCACCCGAGGAGGCUGGGGAGGCAGUUUCCAUGGUAACAGAGGAUGGAGCCACGAAGGAGGGUGGCACAGAGGACAAUGACGACGAUGUGGUCCUAGUAGAGGAGGAGGCGGUACCCCAGCCGUCUGCCACAACUCUUUCCCAAGACACGCCCAGCACAGACUGCCUAGAGCCAGAUGCUGCCGUGGAAACUGUAGACAUGUCCACGGCAACGAUGCCUUCCAAGACCCCCAGCUCUCCCGCGUCUUCCAGCACAUCACAGGCGGCAGAACCUCUCAAACCUCCAACCACAGCAGCAGAGCCUAUCGUCAUUGACGACGAGGAGGACUCUGAGCAGAAGGACACUUCCUCCUCCUCACCAGCGCACCCUGGAGGCGCCUCUGUGUCGCCAGGUGUACUCAGCAGCACUGAGCCAGAUUCAGAGAUCAGGAUCGCCAGCGUCACCACACUGGGCUCCAGUAGCCAGAAAGGAAACACCACCAUUUCUGCAGCAAAUACUCCACCACAUUCAGCGGACGCCCAGGAAGACAUGAACCUGAUGAUAACCUCAGUGACAUCUCUGCAGGGCGGGGUGGCAGCUGUGACAGCGGAAGGUGAAGGCCAGGCAGAGGAAAACGGUUUGCAGAUCAGCAGCACAUUCAGCCUGAAUCCCGACACCCCACCUGGUCGACCAACAGCCUCCUUCAACCCUGGGCGUGGCUCAGGCCCCAUGGGCCAGCUGGUACAGAACGGAGACACGGGGACGCACAACAGAGCAGACUCGUGGAUCUCUCAGUCAGCUUCAGUCCCCCGCAACCAAAAGCAGACAGGGGUCGACUCUCCGUCACCGGCCACCUCUCUGCCUAAACCUCCAGGCCAGUCUUCCUCAUCUACUUCCUCCUCAGGCUCCCAGCCACAGCCCAGGACAGUCAAGGUGACCUGCGCGAACUGUAAAAAGCCCCUGAAGAAAGGCCAAACGGCCUACCAGCGCAAAGGCUCCACACACCUGUUCUGCUCCACCACCUGUCUGUCUGCCUUCUCGCACAAACCCGCCCCCAAGAAGAGCUGCACCAUGUGCAAAAAGGACAUCACAAACAUGAAGGGUACCAUCGUGGCCCAGGUCGACUCCAGCGAAUCUUUCCAGGAGUUCUGCAGCACGGGUUGCCUAGGAGCGUACGAAAACAAGCAGAACCCGCCCAAAUCAGGCCUCAAAACCAAAUGCACUGUCUGCGGCAAGCUCACAGAGAUCCGGCACGAGGUUAGCUUUAAGACUGUGACCCAUAAGAUCUGCAGCGACACAUGUUUCAACGUUUACCGCAGGGCCAACGGGUUGAUCAUGAACUGCUGCGAGCAAUGCGGCGACUAUCUUCCCAGCCGAGCGUCCGCCAACCACUUCCUGCUGGUCGACGGCCAACAGAAACGCUUCUGCUGCCAGAACUGCAUCAAGGAGUACAAGCAGGCCCACAGUAAACUCGCGAGCUGCCUGACUUGCAAAACGCUGAUCAAGACGGGCGAGGUGCUCCACAGCCUCGGAGCGGGUGGCACCAUGGGCUCCUACUGCUCCGUCAACUGCAUGAACAAAGGCAAACUGGCGUCGACGUCGUUCCACAACACAGAGCCUACGUGUCACUUCUGUAAGAGGAAUUCAUUACCGCAGUACCAGGCCACGCUGCCAGAGGGAAACAUCCUGAACUUCUGCAGCUCACAGUGUGUCACCAAGUUUCAAAAUGCUACUCUCCAAACGGCCACCAAUGGACAGACGCCCCUCUCCACCACCAACAACACAGUCCAGCUGAAAUGUAACUACUGUCGGGGAGCAUUCAGCUUGAAGCCUGAGAUUCUGGACUGGGAGGAUAAGGUCUACCAGUUCUGUAGUAAAGCCUGUUGUGAGGACUACAAGAAGCUCCACUGCAUCGUGACGUUCUGUGAGUACUGCCAAGAGGAGAAGACGCUACAUGAGACGGUCAAGUUCUCCGGGGUCAAGAGACCUUUCUGCAGCGAAGGCUGUAAGCUGUUAUUUAAGCAGGAUUUUAUCAAGCGGUUGGGUCUGAAGUGUGUCAGCUGUAACCACUGCAACCAACUCUGUAAGAGAGGCGUGACCCGGCAGCUCGGCGGCAUGACACGGGACUUCUGCGGCGACGCCUGCGCCAAGAAGUUUAACGACUGGUAUUUCAAGGCGGCGAGGUGUGACUGCUGUAAGGUGCAGGGUAACCUGACUGAGUCUGUGAUGUGGAGAGCAGAGAUGAAGCAUUUCUGUGACCAGGAGUGUUUGUUGAAGUUCUACUGCCAGCAGAACGAGCCCAUCAUGGUCACGCAGAAAGGACCUGAGAACACAACUCUGGGGUAUGAGAUGCAAGGGGCCAAACUUGGGCUGGUGAACCAGGGCUCCGUAGCAUACUCUGGUGGAGGUUUGAUGAGAGAUGUCAAGAACAAGGCAGUGCUCUGCAAGCCGCUCACCCUGACCAAGGCUACAUACUGCAAGCCACACAUGCAGAGCAAACUUUUACAGACAGAUGUAGACGAUGGUGUGAAGAGGGAGUAUAUUCCUGUACCCAUACCUGUGCCCAUCUUCAUGCCCGUGCCUAUGAAUAUGUAUUCCCAGGUCACUCCCACUCCAGUCUCUCUGCCAGUACCGGUUCCUGUGCCUGUGUUCCUGCCCACCACCCUGCAGGGGGCAGAGCAGAUCAUCCAGGCUAUCAAAGAGCUCCAAAACAAAAUGCCCUCAGACCCUCUGGAGGCCGACCUGCUCUGCAUGGCUGAGAUGAUCGCCGAGGACCAGAAGCCAGAUGUGAAGGUGGAGGUGAAGAGGGAGCGUGGUGUGAAGGAGUCCUCCAGCAGCAGCUCUGAGGAAGAGAAGGAGGAGGGGAAGGAGGAUGAGAAGGAGGAUGAGAAGGAGGAUGAGAAGGAGGAUGGGAAGGAGGAUGGGAAGGAGGAUGAGAAGGAGGAUGGGAAGGAGGAUGAGAAGGAGGAGGAAGAAGAAGACAGCGACGAGGACAAGUACGAGCCCAACCUGGACCUGGAGGCAGACUUCCCUCAAGCCUCAGAUCCUGUUCCAGCUCUGGAAGGAAUGGACGAGGACAUGGGCUUCUCUCUACCUCCAGUCCUGACGGAGGAGCAGGUGGAGCCAGCACCUCGACCACAGCCCAGGAGAAAAGGGAACAAGAGGCAGGCGGUAGAGGAGAGCUCAGAUCUAGCCUCAUCCUCUUCUUCCCAUCCAACAGGCAGACACUCGGAAGGUCGAUCACUGCCUCUCAAAGCUCGCUACGGCGUCCACGCCUGGAAACGCUGGGCACUAUCUCCUUCUAACCAAUCAGAUGACACCAAAGUAAAGGGCAGCUCCAAACCAGGCCGGACUAAAAGCAAACUGUUGUCACUGAGCUCAGAGGAGCUGAACGCGGCUCUGUCCCGGUUUGUCAGGGAGGUCUGCAGGCCCAGUGGGGAGCGCUACUCUCCAGACAGCGUCCUCUACCUCUGUCUGGGGAUCCAGCAGCAUCUCCACGCCAACGGCCGGAAGGAUGACCUGUUUGGUGACCCGUGCUACCAGCAGUUUGGAGAGGAGCUUAACAAGGUCCUGAAGGACUGGCAGCCCAGUGUGCUUCCUGAUGGCUCGCUGUGGGGUCGAGUGGAGGAGCAGAGCCUGUGGAGCAGCCAGCAGCUCGGGGAGCAGAGUCCGGCCGCUCUGCUGCGCUCCCUGGUUUACCUCAACACCAAAUACUUCGGCCUGCGCACCGUGGAGCAGCACCUCCGCCUCUCCUUCGCCAACGUCUACAGCCCCGACACAGUCCAUCCUGACACCAAGGAGACCAGCGUCUGCAUCCGCGUGCCUUCCAUAUCUCAGGAUCACCAUGUGAAAACGGAGACGGGGAAGAGGAAGCGUCAGUUGGAGGACGGCGAUCAGGACUACGAACCAGACGAAGACUCGGGAGGCUCCACCAGACGCUGCCCGGUUCAGAAGCACGAGUGUCGCUUGUACGACCUCUACAGAGCCAAGUGCCCGGCGUUGUUGCGGGAGCGCCUGGAUGUCUUCUACGUUCAGCCAGAUCCGGCCUGCAGCCCGGACGACCCGCUGUGGUUCAGCUCCACGCCGCUGGAGCGACAGAUCCUAGAGAGCCUCCUCACCAGAGUCCUCCUGGUCAGGGACAUUUACACAGACAAACAACACCUGGAGGAGGAAGAGGAGGAGGAGGAGGAGGAAGAGGACGCGGGUGAAGCAGCCGGGGGAGAAUAGCAGCUGCUUUGACUUGUUUUAGUAAAUCCUGAACAGUCAGCAGAGGAGGAGGAAGCAGAGGAUGACGUGUGUGUGCUCCUCUCUCCCCUGUCUUAUCGUCUACUCCUCCUUCCCCCUCCUCACCGACUUCCUGUUUCUUCUCGAUGAGGAGCGUCCACGACAGGGAACAUGAGAAAGCAGAGGAUGGUGAAAGUGGUGAAGAGCAGCUCAAACAUGUACGUCUGCAGAUAGAUCCACGAGAGGAGGAGGAAUUAAUUUCCCUCCAGUCAUAAACCAGGAGAGGACGAACGUGCCGUGAACUAUUUCAGUUCAACGAGACAGAGAAGGGGUGAAAGACGUGGAGCUGGAAUUUGUCAUCUUGGCUCAAACAAAAUUAAAUCAGGUAGAAAACAAAGCGUAUUGACAGUUAUCAUGAUAUUUUGAAAUGGCAGGCAGUGCAGACGUGCACUGGCAACAACAGAGGGCCUCCUGUAUUUAUAGCGCUCAGACACGCAGCUUAAAUCUUCAUUUUUAUCACUCGUUAACAAAGCAGCCAGCAGGAGGCCACGGAAGCGGAGGACAGCCCUCGCGUCCUCCUCACUGUCGCACUGUGGAUGGGGGAAAAACAGGAGGUGGAGUGCUCGGGGUCGAGAGAUUAACUUCAUUUCAUGGCCUGGAUGAAACCAGAAUCACCGCCCAGAGGAGGAGAGCAGGAAGAGGCUGAUGCUGCUUUUUUAGAGUUGGAAGCUGGCAGAUCGAAAUUUCGUUUGAAAUGAAUUUUUGACGCAAUCUGUAGUCCAUCUUAUGAAAUAAAAAUGUACUGUUCCCAAUUUAUCAGUUAAUCAUCCUUCUAUAAGUGCUACUUUCUAUUUCCAAUGAGUUAUUUUAACGGACGAUUUUAAACACUGAGUAUUCUACAGCAAAGAAUCAAGUUGCACUGACGGUGACUGGUGGAAAAGCUUCAGGUCUUUUGCAUCUUUUGACCCCCGCCCCCCCUCUCCAUCAGUGAUGUGACGACGUACCCGGAGUACAAAAUAUUUGAUUCAAUGAAUUUCACACCCGCACAUCUGUCAGUCUGUCGGACUUCUGCUCAGGUUAAAGUUUCAGCUGCAGUCGGGCUCUGUGGUGUGACAAAAAAAGGAGGGAAAAAAAAAAGCAGACGGCGACAGGAAACGCAAGAGCUAUCGUGGCUAGUGCGCUCUAACAACAUUUUCAUUAACCUCUAUCACCGUCCACAGCAUCCCGCCUCCCCUGCUGCUCGCGGUGUUCGGGCUGUGCGGUCAUGACACGAGCAUUAAAAAAAAAAAAGAGGGCGACAAAUAAGGCUCACUACGUUUCUUAUAGAAAUCCAUUCCAACUAUAAAGUUCUGGUCACAUGACAUUUUCAUCUCACGAAUAGUCACACCAUUUCUCACUCUAUGACCGUGUUUGUGUGUUCUCCAGCUGGUCAGGAGUCAUCUUUGGCUCGCCUUUUUUUUUUUUUUAGUCUGAGUCGUCACCAUGUUUACUACACUUGCGCCCUUUUUCAGGGGCUGUCGGACGGGACUGUUAUGUGACUAUCUUUAUGCAGGGUUAUAUUGAGAGGUCGACAAACUCGGCAUACCAAAAGAGAGACAAGUUUGUCAAUCUGCCUCAACUGGUGUGACAGAAGGGUCUUUUAUAAAGUCCAGUAAAGGGGUCUAAUCAGGUUCAGUCAAGUGAAAUCACCUGUGUGGGUGUGUAGUAACUUAUUUGUGCUUGAGUUUGUCAAAGUAGAAAGUUCCAGUUUGAGAAAUUUUCAACUUUCUAACUCUCUUGAACGCAGCAUGAGACCAGCAGCCUCUUCCUCUCUCUCUCGUCUCCAUUAACCGUGCUGCUUUCAUUCCAUCCCAUCAUCCCACUCACCGCUCUUCCUCUGUCAGUACUGCUCUCAGGCAAAACAGUUGCACCACAGAGGACUUCAGCUUCAGAAGAGCAGGUCUGGACUGAUCCCAAGACAGUUAAAAAAAAAAAAGCAAAAAGA